AUGGCUCUGUAUAACCUGCCCGGGAGCGCUUUCUUCCUUCCCGUAUACGCCGCCGCAGCGCUUUCUCAACUCUAUUUCGGCAUUCCUUACAAGGCGUGGGGACUCGUCGUUGCCAUGAUCUCGGGCUUCGUGCUAGAGAUAAUCGCCUAUGUGGCCAGAGUAAGACUACACCAUGGUCAAGACGGAUACCGACAGUACAUCGUAACCAUCACCAUCGGGCCUGCUUUUCUCAGCGCCGCCCUGUACCUCAGCUUCGCGCGCAUCAUCACUGUCUUUGGCGCCUUCAACUCUUGUCUCCAGCCGUGCACCUACACUAUUGUGUUUAUCUUGUGCGACUUUGUUGCUCUGGCACUGCAGGCUGCCGGUUGCGGUCUUGUGGCCGGCAGUGAU